UCCCUUCUGUGCAAGAUGGUAUAGUUAAUGCCACACAAACUGUAAAGUGUUUAAUAUCGGUAGUUCUUUUUAAAAUAAAAAUAGUGCAAGGAUCGUUAAGAGUUUCUAUUUUUGCUGGAGAAAACCCGACUGCUCCUCUAUGACAUUGGGAAGGUUAUCUACAGUAUAUCAAAGAACUGCGCAUAAUCAUAUAUAAUAACAAUUAUCAGCACACACCUCGUGCUCUCACUGCCCACUGUGGUUUGCUGAUCAAAUAAAAAACAAAAGACCGGGAGGAGCCGAAUUCUGCCGCCGUUUUCUUAGAUUUAAAGGGGAUUGGGACGAUAAUUUAGUGUACAGUUUAUGAGCUAAUCGCAAAAGUUUUAGGGGGGCUGAGUAGAAAAGGAGGGCCACAGUCUCCUUUCGAUACAACGAAAUCAUGAUUUUGCAGUUUUCCGACGUUCGCCACUAUGCGGCGGUGUGCUACCAAAACUGAUGUGAAACUGCAAAUCUGAAAACACAGAGGAACAAGACUGGCGAAACACAAAUGUCAUUCUACACGUUCUGAAUAACAGAAGUGAAAUUUAAUAUUGAAGUGAGAAAAAGUGAACCAACACAGUUUGAUACUUGCACCAGCUGCGAACGCUGCUAUAAAUCAUUACGUCUGAACUCUGGAGAGAAUUCUGACUUGAGAGAAUUAUGAGAUCAACAGCUAGGAUGGCACAACUAUCAAAGAAUACAUUUUCUGUCUCACUUUGGAUAACAGUUAUGAUCAUUUUUGGCUCUCUUUGCGAUGGUGGCAAAAUCUUAGUGGCGCCUUUGGAGGGAAGUCACUGGGUGAACAUGGACAUCCUCAUCAAGGCUUUACAUGGUCAAGGGCACAGCGUUGAUGUGAUACGCAACACCAAUAGUUGGUUCGUCAAGGAGAACUCAACAUAUUACAACUCCAUAACCAUACCUGACUCCAAAGGAAUGGAUGAAGAAUUUGUAGAAGAUGUGCUGACUAAAAAGAUUGACUAUGAAAGAGGUAAGGGCUCCUGGCUGGGUGGUGUACAGCUGUUUUUGGAUGUAUCCAAAGCUGUUUAUGAAAGUCACAAAUUAGUAUGUAGGCUUAUAACAAACAUAUUUGAAAGUGAGGAUAUUCUGAAAACACUACAGGAAAAGAAGUAUGAUCUGAUGCUCGCUGAUCCAGGAUGGGGUACAGGUAUUAUUCUGGCUCAUAAACUCAAGUUACCCAUGGUCUAUAAUGUGAGAUGGACUACUCCUGGAGAAGGACACUUUGACAUCGCUCCCUCACCAAUGUCUUACAUCCCACUUACAGGAUCUGGAAACACAGACAAAAUGAGCUUCUUCCAAAGAGUAAUAAAUGUUUUCUACUAUUUGCUGUUGGACUUUCAAUGCAGCCGUUUUAAUGUGCCACAGUAUCAAGCACUUUGUGAUAAAUAUUUUGAUCCACCUGUAGAUUUUUACAAACUUCUGCAGGGGGCUGAUUUAUGGCUCAUGAGGGUUGAUUUUGUUUUUGAAUUUCCACGUCCAACAAUGCCAAAUAUCAUCUACAUUGGUGGCUUUCAGUGCACUCCAGCAAAGCCCCUUCCACAUGAUCUGGAAGACUUCAUGCAGAGUUCUGGAGAUCAUGGAGUCAUCGUAAUGUCUUUAGGGUCGUUUAUCAGUGUCUUGCCGGAUUAUGUAAGUUCUGAAAUAGCUGCUGCUUUUGCCCGGUUGCCUCAAAAGGUUAUUUGGAGAUACACUGGAAAGAAGCCAUCUACUUUGGGUAACAACACAUUAUUAGUUGACUGGAUGCCACAGAAAGAUCUUCUAGGACAUCCAAAAACUAAACUUUUCAUUGCACAUGGUGGAACCAAUGGGGUUCAAGAAGCUUUGUACCAUGGUGUUCCAGUGAUUGGAAUUCCAUUCUUUUUUGACCAGUAUGACAAUCUCAUUCGAUUACAAGCAAGAGGUGGAGCCAAGAUAGUCUCCCUUGCAGAAUUAGGUGAAAACUCACUGCAUGCAGCAAUACAGGAAGUAAUCAAUGAGCCAUCCUACAGGCUGAAUAUGCAGAAGCUCUCUUAUCUGCACAGAGACAAGCCAGUCGAACCGUUGGACAGCGCCAUCUUCUGGAUUGAGUUUGUAAUGAGGCACAAAGGUGCUGCUCAUCUUCGUACUGAAUCCUACAAAAUGCCUUGGUACUCCUAUCACUCAGUAGAUGUUUCAGUUACACUGAUUGCAGUUGUUUUGAUAUUCAUUUACUCCAUGUUUGUAACAGUUAGAUAUCUGUGCAUCAAGUGUUGUAGCCGAAAAAGAAAAACUGAGUGAAGCAUUUGCACUGUGAAGUAAAUGAUUUAUUAAUGACACAAAAUGUUUAGUUUUGACUGUUCAAUGGGUAAUGAAAAUGAAAUAAUAAAAGUAAAUACAUAAAAAUGUAAGUCGUUUUAAAAUGUUUCCUUUCCUGUGAAACUGCAUUCAAAUCAAUGUAAUCCCAGUGCCACUUAAUGGAAUAUUAAAUAAUUGUUUAUCUCUGUUUUAUCCUCUAAAAAAAGUAAGCAUGCAGACAACUUAUCACAAUUUUUUAUAUUACUCUUAAGACUUUACUGUGAAGUUGUCUUAUUACAAGUUUACUAUGGGAUACAUUAGGGGUAACAGAACAUUAAGGACACACUAAGAUAAACUUUGAAUGUAUGCCUUUCCUCAGGUGACCUGUCAUUGCCUAAUAUAAACUCUUAUCUGCUUUGUUGAACUUUGAUAGAGUGGUGAUUGAAUAUGGGCACUGAACCAAGUUUCUCUCUAAUCCACAUUAAUAAUCACAGCUAGAGUAUCAAAAUAUAGUGUGUGUUUAACAUCUAUUUUUUAUUUAUUUUUUACCUACAGUAAAUCAUUUAUGUCAGUAGUGUAUCAAGUAAAAUUGUGAACUUUAAUACCAUUUUUGUGCUUUAUAGAUCAUGAAUCAAAUAAACUUUGCACUUUAAACCUUU